AUGCCACAGAUCCCAGAAGGUGUUUCUGACACCAGCCACCUGGCAUCGCUGCUGUCGGCAGGCCCAGAGGCCGUACUCUCCACCCUGGGCUUGGUGCGCGGUCCUUUCGCGUUCGUGCUGUGGCAGCCGUCCAGCCGCCGGCUCUGGUUCGGUCGUGACCCGCUGGGUCGGCGCAGCCUGCUCUGGAACAUCGGAGACGGGCACCGGCUCCCCCGCGCGCUCACGCUCACUUCCGUGGGCACCCGCCAGCGGCCCGACCUGACGGAGGUGCCCUGCCUCGGCGUGUUCCACGUGCACGUACCGCCUGACUGCCGCUCGUGCGACGCGCUGCAGCUGCGUCUGCACCCGUGGCGCCACGUGGACUGCAUACCGGCGCCGCUGGCGGACGCGGUGGACGCGCCGCUCGCGUGCCCGCUCCGACUGGACGUGAACGCCGCGCUGCCGGAGCCCUUCGAGGCGGCCAUGUUGGCGGCCGUGCGGCGACGGGUGACCAAUCUGCCGCCCGCGUGCGCCACCUGUCUGGCCGGUCGCCGGGUGACCGCGCCCUGCCCGCAUGCCAAGCUGGCGGUGCUCUUCUCGGGCGGCGUCGACUCGAUGCUGGUGGCGGCGCUGGCCGACCGGUGCCUGCCGGCCUCGGAGCCGAUCGACCUGCUGAACGUGGCGUUCGAGCGCACGGUGCGCACGGACCGCGGCCCGGGGAGCCGCGACUUCGAGGUGCCCGACCGCCUCACCGGCCGCCAGGGCUGGCGCGAGCUGCGGAACAUCAACCCGCGCAGACAGUGGAACUUUGUCGAGGCGGACGUGACGGCGGCCGAGCUGGCGCAGUGGCGCGCCGCCAGGGUGCGCCACCUGCUGAGUCCGCUGCAGACCGUGCUGGACGACAGCAUUGGCUGCGCCGUGUGGUUCGCGGCCCGCGGCGCCGGCACGCUGCCCGAGGACGGCCGGCGGUACCAGUCGGAGGCCAGGGUGGUGCUGCUGGGCAUGGGGGCGGACGAACAGCUGGCGGGCUACGGCCGGCACCGGUCGGCGUUCGAGCGGCGCGGCUGGCCGGGGCUGGUGGCGGAGAUGCAGACGCAGCUGGACGGCAUCAGCCGGCGUAAUCUGGGCCGCGACGACCGCAUCGUCAGCGACCACGGCAGGGAGGCCAGGCUGCCGUUCCUGGACGAGGCUGUGGUCAGUCUGCUGUCGUCGCUGCCGGUGUGGCUGAAGGCCCAGCUGGCGCCCGGGUGGCGCGGCGCCGACAAACUGCCCGUGCGGCUGCUGGCGGCCCGCUGCGGCGCCGCCGCCGCCGCGCGCCUCCCGAAGCGCGCCAUACAGUUCGGCAGCCGCAUCGCCAAGCUGGAGAACCGCGCCGAGAAGGCCGCUGACGUCUGCAUGCGGCUAGAGGCCGCGCCCUCCGCGGCGGGCUCGGAUCAGACCGGUGACGGGUGUGACAGGCUGGGGGCCGCUACCCCCGCGGCGAGCUCGGAUCGGGACCGGUGACGGGUGUGACAGGCUGGAGGCCACGCCCUCCGCGGCGGGCUCGGAUCGGACCGGUGGCGGGUGUGACAGGCUGGAGACAGUGCUGGGCGCCGUCACGGCGCAGGUCGGUGACGUGUCGGUCCGUGACGGGAUGGUCCUCGCAUCGUGACGUGACGGGACACCAUUGACCGGUGGGGCGAACAAUCCAGCAGGCUGAAGAACACCAGGCGCGUUCACGCCUGUGCUCGGCGACGCAAUCACUCCGCCCACAGCCACUGGGGAGGAUGCGAAGCGUCAGCUCGCGGCGUCCUGCUGGUCCUGUGCGCUCCCCGUGAACCGGCUGUGAACUGACAGCACACGCAGCCUGGUCUCCACUCGUUUGCCGCAGCGCGCGCUCGUGUUUUCGGAGUUAUGGUAGGCGCGUCUGUAAGCGGCCAUUACGCGCACGGCUGCGGACGCGUCUUUGUGUGGUAUAAGGACGGCUCACCGGCCCUGGCGGUGGCGAGCGGCUUUCCUCCGCUUCCUUCACUUCGCCGCUCUGAGGGCUCGUGCCGACUUGGUCGGCCCAACGGUGAUUUCCGCCCUGGGUGACGCACGGGUCAAAUGCACUGAUGCCGACACACUUCCCGGCGUGGCUAAAUUGGGAUGCUCCCAAUCCGCGUCCAAUAUGCAAGGAGUUUUUUUCUGUCAGCGUCAGGUGAAGAAGCGGGAUUGAAAUCCACGAACGGUGUAUAUACGUGUUGUAUUUACACACAUUUGAAAAUAGAAAUGCAUCAUCUGGGA